AGCGAACCACUGAGACGCCGAGACCUCUGCAGUCCUAGAGUGGAGCAGGAAGUGUCCCAGGGGAGGGAGCAGGAGGGUCCGGCCUUUCCUUUCCUCCAUGUCCAGCGAGCUUCAGUGGCAGCCAAGCCUGCGCGGCCGGCUAGCGGGGACGCGUCCCGGCGGUGGAGUCGUGGAUUUCUGGAUGAGCUGGAGAUGUGGCUUGGCUGGCCAGGGACGGAGUCGGGCCCAGCAGAGAGCCCGCCUCGGGAAGGACACCAGGAGGCGGGCUGGGAAGGAUGAGGGACGGCUGUGGAGACGAACGCCGCAGUAGGAGCCAUUGGAGUUAGACGCCGGGAAGGAGUUCCAGACGGUGUGAAGUCUCAAGGGCAGGAACGGUGACUUUGGCUCAGAAAUCCCAAGAUAGCAGCCUGCUUAGCUCGGCCCUCUUAGGUUUUCUCCAGGAGGAUCUGGCCACCGAAGGGUUGUCUUCUGCUGCUGACCCCCAUCAAAUUCCAUCAUGCCCACAGCCCUGUGUCCCCGAGUCUUGGCUCCGAAGGAAAGUGAGGAGCCCAGGAAAAUGAGGAGCCCACCGGGAGAGAGCCCUGGACCCCAGGGCGAGCCUCCCAGCCCCGAAUCUUCCCGACGCCUCUUCCGCCGGUUCCGCUACCAGGAGGCGGCGGGCCCCCGUGAGGCCCUGCAGCGCCUCUGGGACCUGUGCCGGGGCUGGCUGUGCCCCGAGCGGCACAGCAAGGAGCAGAUCCUGGAGUUGCUGGUGCUGGAGCAAUUCCUAGCCAUCCUGCCUUGCGAGAUCCAGGGCUGGGUGCGUGCCCAGGAGCCGGAGAGUGGAGAGCAGGCUGUGGCUGCUGUGGAGGCACUAGAAAGGGAGCCAGGGAGACCCUGGCAGUGGCUCAAGCACUGUGAGGACCCCGUGGUGAUUGACGAUGGGGAUGGCCCUCUGGACCAGGAGCAGGAGCGGCUCCCAGCAGAGGCCCAGAGCCACCUUGCAAAGAGCCAGGAAGCCCAGCCAGUGGCCCUGCCCCAGGGCCCUGGGCUCCCAAGCAGACUGCCAGGCCAGCUCAGCGGGGACCCAGUUCCUCAGGACCCAUCCCUCCUUCAGGAAGUGAGCAUGAGGGAUGGACAGCAGAUGACUUCUCUCCAGCUGCCCCUGAAACGGGUUUCUCCUUUCGAGGACAUGAUCUUCUGUUUCUCGGAAGAGGACUGGUCCCUUCUAGACCCUGCCCAAACUGGCUUCUACGGGGAAUUCAUCAUUGGAGAGGACUGUGGGGUUUCGCUGCCUCCAAGUAAGACGCCCUUCCAACCCUCUCCUGAGACCAGGGAGCUGGGGGCCCACAUCUGAAUUUGCCGACCACCCUCCAUCCCUGCCAUGAGGUCACCUGCACACAACGACACUGGGGGCACUUAGUAGAGGCAUCCUCACCUGCCACUAUCACAUGUAAAUUAGGCUUACUGGCUGUUUUGCAUUCGAAACCAAACAUAACAGGUUCCUGUGCACCCACUUUUCUUCUAUCAUUUUGAUCCUAUGGCCUCUGAAGUUCUGGCUUUCUAUCUCAUGGGCCAACAGCUGCCCCAAGCCCAUAGC